AUGGGUGCCAGGUCUGAUGGGAGGUCUGCCCCCCUUCUGGCCCCCACCCCCUGUUGUCUUCACCUGCUGCUCCAGGAAGACGGCUGGGGGCGAUGUCAGUGUGCGCAGCUACAGAGGGAGGCCAGAGGCUGUGACUAUGUGACCUGCUUACACCGGCGCGCAGGGGCGGUGAUGUAUGGGCCCUCCGCGGCUUCGCCCCUCAUCAGCUUCAUUUACCCCAUGAUUAACAUCCAAUCAUGA